AUGGAGCAGGCACGCUCCGUGUCCACGAUGGUCUCGCUCCCAGCGAUCCAGGCCAAGCAGCAGCGUCGGUCACUCGUCGCUGUCGCCGCCUUGACCGCUCGCGACCUGCAGGGCAGGUCGCUGGAGCAGCUGCGUGCCAUGGCCCGCCAAAAGGGUAUCGUUGGCAGCAACAAGGCCCAGCUCAUUGCCGCCCUCACUGGCGGUGCCUCCGCAGCCACGCCCGCGGCGUCGUACAGCCGCGCUGCUGCGGCUGUGUCGGGCGACGAGGCCCUCCUGCAGAGCAAGACUCUGGGUGAGCUGCGCGCGCUCGCCUCCGCUAAGGGUCUCCGCGGUGACACCAAGGCGGAGAUCAUCAAGCUGCUCCUGAGCGUUGGCGGCGUCACCCCCGCCCCGGCUGCGCCCGCUAUUUCCUUCUCCGCUGAGGCGCUUUCCCCCGUGGUCCCCAACACCCAGUCUAUCUCCGACUACCAGCGCCGCCUCCAGACCAAGCCCAUGUCCAAGCUGCGCGCCGUUGCACGCAUGCGCGGAGUCUCGGGGACCACCCGCGCGGAGCUGGUCGCGGGGCUUCUCGCGUACCACGGCGGUGCUUCCGCCGCUGGCGCUCCCGCGUCCGCGGUGCAGGGUUUCGCGCAGGACAAGCCCGAGAUUGUCGGCCAGCUAGAGAGCCUCGCCUUGAGCGAGCUGCGCGCGCUCGCUAAGGCGCGGGGAGUGCGCGGAGACACCCGCAAGGAGCUCAUCAAGCUCCUGACUGGCCCCGCCGCUCCCAAGGCUGCUGCCCCCGCUUCCUACACCAACGGCAGCGCCGUGGCCUCGUCGUCGUCCUCGUCCUACACCCCGUCGUACUCCGCCCCCGCGUCCUCCUCCGCGCCCGCUCUCCCUAGCGCUAGCAUCCUCGCGACGAAGUCGCUGGCGCAGCUGCGCGCGAUUGCCGCCCAAAGGGGUAUCCGCGGUAACACCAAGCAGGAGCUGGUGAAGGCUCUGACCUCGUAA